CACCUCGUAGCUCUUUUCAGCCCUUAAUUAUUUGUCCCUAGUAUUUGUGUAGUACUAGUAAGGUAUUCCUAUUAAUUAUAAUCCCUAGCAUGCAAUAGGUAGAUUUUUUCCCAUAUACCAUUCUGCUGUCAACUCUCUGGACUAGUGUCGUACCUUAGAAGUAUAUCAUGCAAGCACCUAUCUAUCUAUAUUUGUAGUGCUAACUGUUUAGACUAUAUGUUUGCUGCUAUUUCUAUGCACACUUUCUCUCUUGGGGUUAACUGUACUUUUUUGAUAUGACACUGCAAAGGGCACACCACUCCAUAAGGCAUUCUCACUCACUGUGCAUGUAUUACACAGGUGGCUAUGGCGAAAAUGCCUUUUACAAACUACUUUCACCUGGUUUCCUGGUGCUUAUUCUUAACAUGAUCAGUCAUUUAAUGGAAUAAAUAUUAACAACAUGAAUUAUGUUCAUUUAUUCAUUCCAUGGGCAUUUAUUAGAUACCUGUAUUGUGGGAAGUUUCUGAAACAGUUCCUCCAUGGGAUAAAAUGUUGUAUGAGACAGUCAUCAUCCUUAAGAAAUUUACGUUUUAAAAAAGGAGCUUAUAACCUAAUAAAAGAGUUCACAAGUGAUAACUUCUCUGUCUGCAAUGGUUAAGGGCCUGCUGGGGCUGUUUAAAGGCCCUAGAGUAUUGUGUGUGCCAAGGACUGCAGUAUCCUCUUGUUUUGUACAGUUUAUCAGCUUCCAAAGAUAUAUGGACAUCAAUAUAAGAUGAGAUAACAAACGUGAAAAUCCUCUGAAAACUGUAAAGGUAACAAUGAUUCCUGUGGUGUCUUGGAAGUCCAAGAGAGAAGAAUAAAAAUACUUUUUUAGAUACCUGCAAAUACCUAGACCUUGAAUGCCACUGACGGAUAUAAAAAUGGAUAACAAUUGUACUACACCCUUUACAACACCUCAAGGAAACAAAUGUGAUCUUUAUGCCCACCAAGACACCGCCAGGAUUUUAAUGCCUCUGCAUUACAGCAUUGUCUUCAUCGUCGGGCUUUUCGGAAACUUGUUAGCCUUGGUUGUCAUUUUUCAAAACAGAAAAAAAAUCAACUCUACCACACUAUAUUCAACAAAUUUGGUGAUUUCUGAUAUACUUUUUACCACAGCUUUGCCUACACGGAUAGCCUACUAUGCACUGGGCUUCGACUGGAAAAUCGGUGAUGCCUUUUGUAGAAUAACUGCUCUUCUGUUUUAUAUCAACACAUAUGCAGGUGUGAACUUCAUGACCUGCCUCAGUAUUGACCGGUUCUUUGCUGUGGUGCACCCUCUACGAUAUAAUAAGAUGAAAAGAAUUGAAUAUGCAAAAGGUAUCUGCAUAUUUGUCUGGUUUCUGGUAUUUGCUCAAACACUCCCACUACUCAUAAAACCUAUGUCAAAGGAAGAGUGUGGAAAGACUAGAUGCAUGGAGUAUUCGAACUUUGAGGAAACGAGAUCUCUUCCCUGGAUUCUGCUUGGUGCAUGUUUAAUAGGCUAUAUCCUUCCACUCAUAGUCAUUCUCAUCUGCUAUUCCCAAAUCUGUUGCAAACUCUUUAAAACAGCCAAACAAAAUCCACUGACUGAGAAAUCCGGAGUAAACAAAAAGGCUCUCAACACGAUUAUUUUUAUAAUUGUUGUGUUUGUUAUCUGCUUCACACCUUAUCAUGUUGCAAUUAUUCAACACAUGAUUAAGAAGCUUCGUUUUCCUGAUCUCCUGGAAUGUACCGAAAGACAUUCAUUCCAGAUUUCACUGCACAUUACGGUGUGCCUGAUGAACUUCAACUGUUGCAUGGACCCUUUUAUAUAUUUUUUUGCAUGUAAAGGGUACAAAAGAAAGGUUAUGAGGAUGCUGAAACGUCAAGUCAGUGUAUCAAUUUCUAGUGCUGUGAGGUCAGCCCCUGAAGAUAACUCACGUGAAAUGACAGAAACUCAAAUGAUGAUACAUUCCAAGUCUUUAAAUGGAAAGUAAAAAAUAAUUAAAUCUUGGAUUUAUUGCAAAAUAAACUGCAUGAAAAUCUUUGCAAGACUAAUAAAACAAAAAGAUUGUUCAACUUCCCAUUAGAAUUCCUUUUAAAAAGAGACUUUCAUUAUGCUCUAAUUUCCUACCUUCAACUUAGAAGUAAAUUGAUAAAAAUUUUACAGCUCAAGAGGACAACAUAAAGCAAAGUACUAAUUUUUAAAUGAAAUAAUAUGCCAAAAGAGAGGCUAUCUUAAUAAUCCUCAAUUGUAAAAACAAAAGUUUUGUGUUAAUGAAAAAACAAUCAUAUCCUGCCCAAAUCUGGCAAAAGAAAAAAGACUGAUGUAACGGUAUAUUGCCAAUGUAAAAAUGUUAAUAUUGGAAUACAUAUCUUGAAUCCAUGUUUCUUUCUAUCUUAGAUUAUAUCACCUCAAAACACCAGUUUUUUGUUUUGUUUUGUUUUGAGUCAAAAAUUUUUUUUCAAAGUAGUUUUUUGAAAUAAAUAGCAGGAUGCUACAAAAUUAUGAGUAUGU